UUUCAGUUUGAGUUGUUUUGACGCUCAUUGGACUUGAAGAAAAGAUCGAAGUAGGGUUACGGAAAAACAGCUGGAGAUUUAUUCUUUUGGCAAUAAGGAUGGCUUCUGCAUCGGAUCCAAAGCGACAACUUAAAAUCAAGACUGGAGUGGUGAAGAGGCUUGCAAAGGAGAAGGAGAUGUACGAAAAAGAGGCUGUAGACCAAGCAGCAAAAGUUGAAAAGAUGAAGGCAGAGGAAAAGGAUGAAUAUGACAUAAAGAAACAGAAAGAAGUCCUUGAAGAGUCCAGAAUCAUGAUUCCAGACUGUAAAAGACGCCUCAAGACUGCUUAUGAUGAUUUGAAAAAACUUGUAGCAGAUACAGAGGAGUUAUGUGAAACAGAAGAACACAAGAAUGCAAAGGCAAUUCUGGAAAACACUGUCCUAGAAGAAUAGGAUUUUGAUUAUAGUGCAGUCUAGGUAACAUUUUAUCUCAUUACAGUGAGUGUUAAAAAGAUAAGUGUGAGUUGAAUGUGAAAGACAUUCUCAUACAAUCAAAAAGGUUGAUUUAUUUAAUCUUAUGUCAGAGUGUGUGGUCAGAAGCUUACCUUUUUGUGUGACUAUUAAUAUUACUACACGUAUUAAAUUAUUGCUGUUUAGAUGUUUUUUUUUUAAACUUGGAUGCUGUACAUGUAUUAAGUAAAACAAAAAGUUCUCAACUUCUUUACUUGUUAGUCUUGUUUCACCUUCAGUUUGAACAACUGACCUCCUGUUGUUAUAGUUAAGAAAGAGAAAACAUGUAUUGUACCAUGUUUCUAUCGAGUUUUAUUAUAAAUCUACUUGUGUCCUAUUGA